GCAAUGUUUACUUUUGGUCACUUGGCUAAUCUUCCAUCUUCUUUGAAUUUCUUUUGGGUCCGUUCUACACACAACUUAUUAAUGGAGUUUAAUUUUAAAAUUGCCUGCUUUCAACAGAGCAUACCUAUUGUUAAUACUUCGCUUUCAUAAAUAUGUGUUUGGAAUGUCAUCGAUAAGUUUCCGUGUUCGUGAUUUUGUCUGUGACUUGACCUGAACUGGUAAUGGCAGACAGUGGAGGAGGAGGAUCUGCUUCGUCAAGUCGCGAUGGUGAUGACUCUCAAGACCCUCCUCAAAAAAAAGCCCGCUAUUCGUGGGAAAUCCAAGGUAAUACCAACUUGAAGACUGACAAAACUGUUUCCUCAGAGGACUCAUCAAGAAGUCAUAGAGAAGCACCCUGCACCUCUGACCAUGGAGCCUCCCAUGGCUGUCUCAAUGUUGGGAGACUCGUCACUUCAAGCAAUUAUCCUGUAUUCAAGUGGCAGACACGACAAAUAGCAAAAGCAGUCGUUGACAACACAAUUAACAAAGUGAUUGAGGACAUGGGAUUCGUCCCAUUUGCCCAAGACUUCAAUGAUAUGUUUCCAAUGAAUCAACAAGAUGAGCACGUAGAAGAUGAGGCAGUUCUAAUGGCAAUUCAUAGACAUGGUCUUCAGCAAAAGGACUGGAUGAGCUCAAGUUCUCACACCCCUGAAAAACUGUCCACUGCGCAAGAUACAGGGCUUGCACAACUGAAGAGCUGGUAUGAAUUUGAAAAUGAUGAAAAUACUGUAGCAGCCAACAGUUGGCGAAUAAAUGAACUAGCCUCAGCUCAAGGAUCUUCCAAUAUCUCUAUCAUGGAACCACGUGCUACGCAACCAACUUUAUCUUACCCAGAUAGACCGUCGGAAAAUCAAACCCAAAGCGUGUGUGACAAAAGCGUUGGUAAUGCUUCAGAUAAAAAUGUACUGGAGCAUGAUUUCCUGGCGCAAGCUGUCGCUGUGGCAAUUCAGAAGAAGGGUCUUAGCACUUAUCUUGCAAAUGAAAAUAGGUGAAUUGGAGCUUCUUUCACCUAUCAUUUUUUGGUGCGUUUGGCGCAUCAUGUUCUAAACCAUUCACCUAUUGAGAUCAGGGGAUUUUGUACCACUUCAGUUUCUUUUGGUCCUAUGCACAGAAGAAUUAUUUUUCGUUGCAUGAGUGGUACAGGCACACCCUCUCUUUCUUGUUGGCAAUAACCAUAUAAAAUGUUAACUUUCACUGGCAAAGGCCCAUAUGCUUUGGCCUUUCUUUUUGUCAAACUCAUAAUAUAGAAUCAAAAUUCUACUUGUCUUAAAAUGAAUCCCUCUUGAAAGCUGUUAGCAUCCGUCAUUCAGAGUUGAAAAUCUUCUAAGAAGCAGAGACAAGAAAGCAAGAGGUAACUGCUCCCACCAGUCUGGUUGUUUUGGCGAAAAUGGAUGAUUAAUGUGGUGCUGAUUAUAGGUGACAGUUCCCCUUCUUAAAAUUUUUGACUUGCUGUCAAUUUUUUCCUUCUGCAAGAACUUUCUAGCAUUUUCAGGCCCUUUCGUGGUUAUGCCUAAUGAUUUUUUAGGCUAACUUUUUCAAUUGAAUCAGGUAUAUUAUCCUCAUAGGAAAGAGUGGAAAAAAUACAUAUAUGGACUCUUGUAAUAGAGCUAGCAAAAUAAAAUAAGCACUUCCAUGGGGCAUAAGGGAUCUUAAAAUCAACGUCUCUUUUCAAUGUAAUCUGUCCCAGCUUUUAUUCCUGAUUACCUCUUUAUGUAUUUUUACUAGUGUUCCGCACCUCCAUUCUGUUAGCCCCUCAAAACUGCUAGUUGUCCUUUUAAGUGAAAGGUACUGCUAUGGGCCUUUGUUUUAAUUCAGUGACUGAACAGUAUUCUAAAAAAAUUAAUUGAUGAUAUAAAGAAAUUAUUUAAUCCCUGCCAGCAAUUAGCUUUUAAGUAUAAAUCAAAGUUUUGAAAAAAUAUUGAUCUUUUAACAUUCUCUGAAUACCUCAUGAUCAAUUCUAUUAUUAAUUCAAUUUUAAAGCGCCUUAUGUUUAUUUAAACUGCCAGAAACCAAUUAUAACUAGUAGAUCAAAACUCUAUAGAUGGGUCUGAAUGUUACUGCAUAAAUAUUUGUAAGUGCCCCUUUUCUCACAAAAAGUUCCUAUUUGAAAAAGAAAGAACUGUAAAUAAUUUUUAUUUGUUUUAAUGUACGUAUGUAUCUAAUUUAUAACAAUUGACUCUUUAUAAAAAGAGAAAAUGCAAUGCAUCAUCAUUAGAUUAGUGUGUUUUAUGAUUCUGUAGUAUACCAAAAUAUUUUUUCGCUCAGUAUAGAGCUCUUGUUGGAAAAGUAAGAAGUUGAAUUAAAAAGCUAGCCAGUAUUCUAAACCAGAGAAAACACUUGAAUAUGUAAGAUUAUCAAUGCCAAUUCAAUGUAAUGCUCAUUCAUUUAACAGCUUCAAGAAAGAAGGAGAUUUAUCCAGAUACAUUCCGAAGUUAGUUUAGGGGUAGAUUUUGCAUAUCCCUUUUUAAUUUUUUUAGGGGAGCCUUCAUUGCUUCAGAUAAACUUUUUGAGUUUUUAUCUCAUCAAUUUAAACAAAUUAUUACUGUGCAAUUUUCUCUUUAUGUUAUUGUAAAUCUCUUUUGAAAGCGAAAGCAUAAAAAGUAAAGAGCCACAAUGCCUAGAAGCAUUCACGCUCUUGGGUAUCUGUCUGUCUUUUAUUUUUCAUUGAAACAUAACAGUCAUUAAUGUAAUGGAUGCAGGCACUCCGAAAUUAAUAUCCAUCUCUUCCUCACCUUGUCAAGAGAGGGAAAUAUUUAUUCUUGUAAAAAAUCUCCGAACAGGCCAUGUCUCUCUUGUUUAUGGAGAGUAAUUUUUCACAAGAAAGAAAGAAAAAUAGAAUUUUUUUUGAUAAUUAUAACAGUUGUAUUCUCUGAACAGUAAUGAGGUCAAAUUUUACUCAUCCUGCAAAUCUAAAUUUUUUAAAACAAUUUUAAACAAAUCUACUUGUAUUUCUUGAAGCAGGUGCCAGAAGGGUUUUAAUUCCUGCGUUUCUGACUAGACUUUUUUUCUCCUUUUUCUUAAUUUUUUUGUUUGUUUUUGUAUAAAUGGAAAUUUUCUUUACUACCUGGUGUCUGUAAGCGCUUUUGUAUCUAGCAGUUGCUGCUCCCAUCUCAUGCUUGCUUUGCAUCUAUAAUACUUGGGUAAUAGUCAAGUUUUGAACUGUUAUUUUAUUUAAGUUUUCAAAAUAGUGCUUUGCAAGUAUUGUAUUUUAUACCCUAAAAUUUCCAAGUUAUCUUUUCUGUUUGUUUUCUCAUACAUUUAUCAGUAUUUUUUACAACCAAUUAAAAAUUUUGUUUCUUUUUGAAUGCUAAGAAAGAGGUUGAGGAUGUUUUCAUUAAUGUACCCACCUAUCAACAGAGAACCUUAAUUAUCAGCUUGUAGGUCAUGAUCACUGUGUACCUUGUGAAUAAAUUAUGGAAGUCAAAAAAUGUGUACCCUUGAUUGCAGCCUCGUAUAUUUCCGCUAAUGUUUUAUUUUUUGAAAAGGAAUAACUAACUGAUACCUAGCUUUUCUUAAAAUUUUGUGAGUAUUUCACUCACUUGAGUUAGUCUUAAAAUAAUUUCUCUGCUGUAGUGAAAUCGAAGGAAAGAACAGGUGGCUUAAACUACCUAGCACUCAACCAAUUCUUUAGUUUCAUGGCUUUCUGUCAUUUUCUGUAUAUCUCUCCCUUGUGAUUUAAAAAUGUUUUAUAAGUGUGUAAGUAUUUUGUCCUACUCAUUCUAAGUAUGCAAUAUUACUGUCAAACUUUUUACCCCUAAUUUAUAUGUAAACAUAUGAGUUACACAGUAGCAGUAAAUAUACAAUUAUAAAAAUCUAAA